AUGUCUCUCAAACAAGAAAUCGAAACCUGGGUACAAGCUCUGGAGGCUUAUGAGAACCAGGAGUUUGAAGAAGCAUUGCGCUGCUUCGACCAGAUUGCCGACACCUCCAAGAUUCUUUUCAAUUGUGGUGUGAUAUACGCAACACUUGGGGAACAUGGAAAAGCAGUAGAAUGCUAUCAACGCGCCGUCGGCCUAGACCGAUACUUGGCAAUUGCCUACUUCCAACAGGGGGUUUCUAACUUUCUGCUUGGGGAUUUUGAAGAGGCACUGGCCAACUUCAACGACACCCUUCUUUAUCUCCGAGGAAAUACCUCAAUUGAUUAUGAGCAGCUGGGGCUUGUCUUCCGACUAUUCUCUUGUGAAGUUCUGUUUAAUCGAGGUCUCUGCUACAUCUACCUUCGACAGAUGAACCCAGGUAUUCAAGACCUGGAGUAUGCAUCGAAAGAAAAAGUCACCCCCGAUCACAAUGUGAUCGAUGACGCAAUUCGCGAAAACGCAGACGGAUACACUGUAUUCUCAAUUCCAGUCGGUGUUCUAUAUCGCCCAAACGCAGCCAAGGUCAAGAAUCUCAAGGCAAAGGACUACUUGGGCAAGGCUCGACUAGUGGCCGCAUCUGACCGCACGCAAACAUCAGAUCACCAGUGGAGGCCAAUGCCAGUUGAUCAUGGUGCCCUCCAAGGCCGAGAGGGCGUCUCCUUUGGCGCGAGUAAUUUGGUUCGUCAAAAUCUCACCAGCCGCACCCGUCAGCAGUCCGAACCUCCCCUCAACCGCAAUGUAUUCCCACCAACACCACCCCCAGAUGAUCGAUCCGUCAGCACCGCCUCCGCCUCCGGGAGCCAUUCAGUUUCAGGGCAUAACCGCUCGUCUUCCUUAAGGGGAGGCCGCCCACCACGCCUAGACCUAGAUCGCGCAGGAGCCAGUCUAGACCGACGGGCACCAGACCCAGUACAAGAAAAACCCCGAAUAGGAACCACGCGAACAGCAUCCGAGCCUCGCGGGCCAUCAAAACACGGCAACAUGCGAGGGUUCGCGGAACCAAGCCGCAGCGGCUGGUCACACGACCAAGGUCACCGCCGAAACCUCAGCGAUACAAACACAGCAUACCCAGAGCCCGAAUACGGACAAACAGAUCCGUACGACCCAUACUCAAAUCAGCGAAACCCUGCCCCGGGCUGGGGCCGAGGUCCCCGUCACCAACCACCCCAAUACAUCGACGAAGAAGAAGAAUACAUCGAAGAGGCCUGCGAUGCCGCGACACUAAACGGCAGCUUCGAGCUUGUCGGUGCCGGUCCAAGCCAACGGCGCACACGCUCCCCAGUCCGGUACUCUCGUCAUGCCAACCCGCGUCGGCCUGAGAUUCAAAAAUUCCGAACCAAGGUCCACGCGCCCGAUGACACACGGUACAUCAUGAUCGGGCCGACGAUUGGGUUCGCUGAAUUCGAGAACCGCAUCCGAGACAAAUUCGGCUUCAAGUGUCCACUGAAAAUGAAAGUCCAGGAUGAUGGGGACAUGAUCACGAUGGUUGAUCAAGAGGAUUUAGAUUUGUUGGUUAGUUCCGCCAAGGAGGUGGCGAGGAGGGAAGGGAGUGAAAUGGGGAAGAUCGAGGUGAGUUUCGUGCCCGUUUUUACUCUACAUCUACUAAUUAGCAUCACAGAUCUGGGUCGAGGAGCGUGCAAUGAUUUGAGAAAUGUUUAA